CGCGCCUAUAAAUUGAGGAGGUACUCACCGCCUCUGAGUGCACACAUACUCCAUCAGCGAGAGAGAGAGAGAGAGAGAGAGAGAGAGAGAGAUGGCAACACCCACAGUCUCAUUCCCGGUGGUCAACAUGGAGAAGCUGGAGAGCGAGGAGAAGGGAGCGGCCAUGGAGGUCAUCCGCGACGCCUGCGAGAACUGGGGCUUCUUCGAGCUUCUGAACCAUGGCAUCUCGCACGAGCUGAUGGACGAGGUGGAGCGGCUGACCAAGGCGCACUACACCAACUGCCGGGAGCACAAGUUCCAGGAGUUCGCGCGGCAGACGCUGGAGGCCGGCGAGAAGGGCGCAGAAGUGAAGGACGUCGACUGGGAGAGCACCUUCUUUGUUCGCCACCUCCCCGUCUCCAACGCCGCCGACCUCCCCGACCUCGACGACCACUACAGGCAAGUGAUGAAGGAAUUCGCAUCGGAGAUAGAGAAGCUGGCGGAGAAACUGCUGGAUCUGCUGUGCGAGAACCUGGGCCUGGAGAAGGGGUACCUGAAGAAGGCCUUCGCGGGAUCCAAAGGCCCAACGUUCGGCACCAAGGUGAGCGCCUACCCGCCGUGCCCGCGCCAGGACCUCGUCGACGGCCUUCGCGCGCACACCGACGCCGGCGGCAUCAUCCUGCUGUUCCAGGACGACCAGGUGAGCGGACUCCAGCUGCUCAAGGACGGGGAGUGGGUGGACGUGCCGCCCGUGCGCCACGCCAUCGUCGUCAACAUCGGCGACCAGCUAGAGGUGAUCACCAACGGGCGGUACAAGAGCGUGAUGCAUCGCGUCCUGACGCGCCCCAACGGGAACCGCAUGUCCAUUGCGUCGUUCUACAACCCGGGCGGCGACGCCGUCAUCUUCCCGGCCCCCGCGCUCCUCGCCGCCGAGGAGGAGCGCGCCGAGAGCGGCGGCGGCCGGCAGACGUACCCGAGGUUCGUGUUCGAGGAUUACAUGAACCUGUACGUGCGGACCAAGUUCCAGGCCAAGGAGCCCCGGUUCGAGGCCAUGAAGUCGCCCAUAGCCUCCGCGUAAUAUCAAGUGCCUUGGCGCGUAGUGGCUGCGUGCAUGAGCCGGACAUCGUGAGAUGCAUGCUUGAGCUUGAACAGUGUUGAUCUGGUAUUGUAUACGGUAGAUUGCCGGCACUGCACGAGUUUGUAUGUGUGUAUCGAUGCGUGAGGUCUGAGGUGUGGUGUAUUGUAUCGUAUUGCUUGUGUCUCAGAUCUAUUUGUGCGUAUAUUUUGCAUGAAGUGUGUAACCUCUAAAUCUCUAAUGUUUGAAUAACGCGUACGUGA